UGGGAUGUACAUGCUUUUCUGGGCUGUGGAAUGGUGAUCACCUAUAAACAUAGUGCCGUGAACUUCUGGAGCAUCAUCACAUGGAAGCACCUAUGAGAAAGCAUCAAUCUUUUAUUGUGGUGUGGUUUCCCAAAUAGAUUUCUAUGAUAGAAACGUUUUAAUUUUGGUUGAAAAAUGAAGCUGUUUUGUUCUUUUGCAUUUGUCUACAGCGAGUUUACCUAUGCCGAAAUCAAGACCUUGCAGGAUAAAGCAUGUUGGCUCAUCUGAUUGUGAUAUAUAAUGGCGUGAAGCAUAGGAUCCCACAGAAAAGAACUCCAAAAUGCAAGGGGCUGCAUUCUUGUAUCUUGAUUGGACUAGUAUCAGGUCGGGGGACCACCUGAGAAGAUCCUUCAAGUCAGCCUCGGUCACGCAUGUUCUAUUUUGAGAGGCCUUUCAAGUGUUCUAUAGAGGAUUGCCCUGCCAGCUAUAGGAGAAAUGACCAUUUGGCUCAUCACUUUCUUCAGCAUAAAGGCAAGAUUUUCAGCUGUCCUGUUGUUGGUUGCAAUAAGUCAUUUGCAUAUCAAGGGAACAUGAAGAGGCACGUGAAUGAAAUUCAUAAUGACGAGCUACCAUCGACAUCUGGUGAAUUUAAGAGUCUGAAGCAGCAUGUUUGUCCGGAGGUUGGGUGUGGAAAGGUUUUCAAGUUUGCAUCAAAGUUGCAAAAGCAUGAGGAUUCUCAUGGUAAGUCAAUUAAUUAUGAAGUCAAACUGGAAACUGUGGAGGCUUUCUGUUGUGAGUGCAUGAAAUACUUCAGCACUGUAGACUAUCUGAAGGAGCACCUGCAGUCCGCUCACCAAUUAGUCAAUUGCGACAUAUGUGGGACUAAGCAGUUGAGGAAUAAUAUCCUACGGCAUCUCCGCACGCAUGAGAAGAAAAAUUCGGCUGAUUCAGAAGCAUUCAGAUGCGAUGUUGAGGGUUGUCUCCGCAUUUUUUCAACAAAAUCAAAUUUACGUCAGCAUGUGAAGGCUGUUCAUCUUGAGGUGAGGCCAUUUGUUUGCAGCUACAGGGAUUGUGGCAAGAAGUUUGCGUAUAAGCACGUGAGAGACCAUCAUGAGAAAACUGGUUGCCAUGUUUACAUUCCAGGUGAUUUUGAGGAGUUAGAUGAGCAAUUUCGAUCCAGGCCCAGAGGCGGGAGAAAGAGGAAAUGUCCGACGAUCGAGUCACUACUGCGAAAGAGAGUUACUCUACCCAAUGAGCUAGAUUUCCUUUCGGAUUAGUGGCUGAAGUCUCUUGGCAGCGCUCCGCAGCAGCUGACGAUUAUAAUGUACAAGAGCUGUGGUUUUUUGCCGUAGAGGCCAAGCAAAGGUGACAAAUUCACUCAUCAUCCUCCUGUCACUUAUUUGGAGUUAAUAGUUGAUAGAGUUUGCUAUUGUUUUGUCUAUAAAGAUAAGAGAGCGAGUUAAUCCUUAGCAAAAGAUUCUUGUGUUGAGCCACUGUCAGCUGUACAUCAUGCAAUAUAUAGUAAAAUUCAAUUGAGAA